CAUCUUUCAUGUCCAUACCAAUGUGUAUCUCUUUCAGUUUUUGAUUCGCUGCAUCCUCACGAGGACCAAAAACUCAGCACGACCGUCCGUCCGCAUGACCCGAUCUGAGAUCGAUUGAUUUUGGUUCCGAGCACUUGGCUCGCAAUUAUUCGCAAUAUGAUGCACCGUUGAUUAAUUGUUUGAAUUGUUUUUUUCUCGCCAUAAUGAGGCUUGAAACGAUUUAGGUUUGUUGAAGUUUUGUGGAAAAAUUGCCAGGUAAAAUUCUCGCGCAAAAUUGUGACCUCAGUGAUGUUUGGUGAUUUAAGUGUGCAAUGAAUUUGAUUCCGUCUUCAGCUGUUCAGCAUGGUCCCUAGAGACUUUGGACGGGGCUUCAGGGCACUUGUGGUGCUUGUUUUGUGGUAUCAACAGUUUAGGAUAGUAUACGGCGCCUUUAAUUUGGGAGUGGAGGAGAUCUUCUGCUCGAGAAUACCUGGACUGACCACACGACAAAGGGAAAUGUGCAAAUCUUCACCUGAUGCAAUGGUGGCAAUUGGGGAUGGGAUAAGAAUGGCAACCGACGAAUGUAAAUAUCAGUUUCGACAUCAGCGAUGGAAUUGCAGCGGCAUCGAGAACCCUUCAGCGUUUGGUCACGUUGUGAUCGUUGGUUCCAGAGAGGCAGCAUUCACUUAUGCCAUAAGCAGUGCCGGAGUCACUUAUGCAAUAACAGCGGCGUGCGCUCGCGGCAACAUUUCCAUGUGUGGAUGUUUGAGCCCGACGAAGACGAGAGAUCCAGCCCCGAAUGGCUGGAAAUGGGGUGGAUGCAGUGUGGAUGUGGACUUUGGAACCCGCUUUGCCCGGAAGUUUAUGGACGCGCGAGAAAUUGAGGGCGACGAAAGGAGCCUGAUGAAUUUGCAUAAUAAUAAAGCGGGGCGCAAGAUAGUAAAAUUGAAUCUUCUAUUAGAAUGCAAAUGUCAUGGUGUGUCUGGGAGCUGUACAAUGAAAACCUGCUGGAGAACGUUGCCGAGCUUCAGGCAGAUUGGAGAUGCCUUGAUGGACAAAUUUUACCGGGCAAGGUCUGUUGCCGCUGUGCCUCAGACGCAAAGUGCGCGGAAUGUACAUAUGCGAAAAGCUAAAAGGCAACAUCUAGUUCUAACCAAAGGAAAGAUGCCCAGCAAGCGAACGCCGAAGAAAGUCGACUUGGUGUUCCUGCAAAUAUCUCCCAAUUAUUGCGAAAGAGAUGUAACGUCUGGAAGUCUGGGGACUGUUGGGAGAUCGUGCAAUAUCACAUCGAGAGGAACUGAUGGAUGCGACCUGAUGUGUUGCGGUAGAGGAUACAAUACCCACCAAUUUGUGAAAACCUCCCAGUGCAGAUGCAAAUUCCAUUGGUGUUGCAGGGUGGAAUGUGAGACGUGUAGUGAGAUAUCCGAAGAGUAUUCCUGCAAAUAAAUCGCACUGAUUUUAGGCAGGGCGCGUCUGGGGAAUUUUCGGAUAACACAUCAGUUAUCCCCAUCAAUUCCCCUUGGUCGAGCGAGUCAAAGCAUUUUAAAUCAAUGGCGCAAUUUAUGCAAUUCACUUAAUGUUAUAGAUAUCAGGUAUUCGAGUAACGGCCCAUAAAUUAUCGCAUGUUCUAAUCGUUCUGAUGUAUUUAGCCGAUUACGUACUAAACCAAUUUACAACAAAUGACAAUAUGUAUGAUAGUAGCACCUAAUUAUUUUUAGUCACUAGCAACUGUAAAUAUUCUUAGAUUGUACUAUAUACCUGCAAUAAGACGAUCAUCUUGACAAUAAUAGUUUAGUCAUGUAACUUAAGGCACUAUCUUAGCUUCAAGUAAUCGCGAAUCUCAUUAACUUAACUUAAAUUAUUUAUUAAAAUUACAAUUGUCAGAGCCAGGUCGAUAGCGAGUUGAUAAAACACAACUUUUGGUGCGGUUUUCCAACUUUUGCCACUGCAUUUGCAAUUUACCGGCAAAUACGGAAAUGCAAGAUGCAAAGUGAUAUUAAAUAUUUUGUUGUUUGUAUGAUACGAAUCGCCCUUCAAAUUGAAUUCGCACUGGGCUUCGUUUGUACUGCAAGCAUUUUUUCUUGUUGAUUGUGAUGAACGGGGGCUACUCAAUAAUAGAAGCAUUUUUUGCAAGUAAACUUUUUUAAUCAUUUUGAAAAACUUUGCAGGCACAAAGUAAAGUGGAUUCACGAAAUAAUUCUGAGUGAUUGAAACCGCAAAAAACCUGUCAUUUAGGCGCAAUUCAAAAUACUCAUUAAAUUGAGGAUCUUCCAGAAGAUGAAGUUUUUAUCUCUCCUAUCUACUUCCAUUGUUGAGCAGUUAUCGCGUACUUCUAUACAUUCCAUUUGAGUGUUUUCAAUGAAAUUUUUAUUAUUUAUUUGAUUUGAGCUCAUUGAUCAUGGUGUGCACGGAACGUUUUGUGAUUGUAAGUAGGGCUGAUUCUUCAGGAAAUAAAUGCCUUAACAAAUUC